GAUAAUGACGUAGUGUUGCUCUUGCUGUUUCAGGUUGCGUCACCCUCUGCACCAAACGAUAAUGACCAUCACAACAUUGGAAAGGAUGAUGUUGAAACGGAUGGUUAUCCAUCGUAUGCUGUAGAACUACUGGAUAAUACAACAACAGCUGGUUCUGAAGACUGUGAUGAUGAUGAUGAUGAUGAUGAUGCUGAUAAUAAUAAUAAUAAUUAUAAUAAUAAUAACAACAAUAACCACAGUGUGGGUCAGCAGUUGGUCAACUGGAAGAAAGCAGUGUCCAGAGAUGGUUAUUUUCAGCCGGUGUUUGAAGAGUCCGAGACAGCUUUCCAGAUAUUCACUCCUUCGGCUGACAAGCUUGUCACAAUAUGCCGUAUCCUGUAUUGGAAGGAAGACAAGUCAGGACUUAAACUCACUGCUAACUUGCUUGGAAAAUACACAAAAGUCUGUCUGAAGUACCCUGAGAGACUCAUUGCACACAGAUACCCUGAAAGCCUGCUCAAACUGUUAAACUACACAGAAGACCUGGUUAUCUUUAACACCCUAAUAGCAAUCCUUAAAGGACUCUGUCAACACCGAAGUGUUUAUUGUAAUAUGGAAAGCAAUGGUCUUUACUAUGUGUUAACGAAUAUUUUAGAAGUGAACAAAGACGAGGCCAUCCUCCAGGCAGUGCUACAGCUGGUCCCAGAUUUACACAGCUUUCCAGGCAGACUGAAAAACAAACAAAAAAGUUCCAGUGCUGCUUGUUCCUUAUUUUUAACAAUUUCUAAAUUACUGAACAGUGCUUUUUCACCCAAAAUGAAGAUAUCAGUUUGCCAGAUGUUGUACUCACUCUGCCAGGAUGAUAUCACGGUGAGUUUGCUGCUUCUCCAGUCUCAUAUGUGUCCCCACUUGUUAGCAGAAUUUGUCAAUGCUGAUGACCACGAUCUCUUGGAAUCAUACUUGUCAUUGUUCUGUAUUCUUAUAAAAUUGGAAAGUGGCCUCGAUGAACUGAAGCGUGAAAAGCCAAUCCAUUCCAUUCUGCAGAUCAUCAAAGACAGAAAGUGCAGCAAGUGUGUUCAUAUUUGUCUUCAAGUCUGCAAGCACCUUUCGGAACAAAGCCGGAAAAGCAAAACGUUGCUCCUGGAAUUAAACAUCGUUCCAAUUCUAAUGAGUUUUAAGGAAGCUUUAGCCAGUGUUGCUUCUGUUGGGAGUUCUGAUUCUACUGCUGCUGCCGAUAAUUGUGAUAAUGGUAGUCGUCAUAGUAAUGAUGAUGACGAUGAUGAUGACGAUAAGAAUGGUGGUGAUGAUGAUAAUGAUGGUGAUGAGAAAACUGGUGCUCAGAACGGCGAUCACACUGUUGUUGGUGAUGAUGAUGCUGAUGAUGGACAAGAUGUGGGUGAUCACAGUGUUGGUAACGGUCAUGUUGAUAACGACGACGACGAUGAUGAUGAUGGUGACGGUGACGAGAAAAAUGGUGCUCAGAGCAGCGAUCAUGCUGUUAGUGAUAAUGAUGCUGUUAAACUUGACAAAGAUGAUGGUGAUGAUGAUGAUGAUGAUGAUGAUGAUGAUGAUGAUGAUGAUGAUGAUGAUGAUGAUGAAAAGAAUGACGAUCAUGUUGAUGAUGAUGAUGAUGGUGAUGAUGCUGAAGGUGAUCAUUAUAAUGAUGUUACCAAUGAUGAUGAUGAUGGUGGUGGUGGUGGUGGUGGUGGUGGUGGUGGUGGUGCCGGUGGCGGCAGCUUUUAUGAUGCAGACUCUUUGCGGAUCUGUGAAGAGUUACUAGAGAACCUGACUGUGAGAGUCAUGCCGUGCCUCGAUGUGCAGCAGCGGCCUUCUUCCGAUGGCCUCCCCCCGACGACCAGUGGCACCAACAACAGCUCCCCUGCAAUUUACUGGUGCCAGAACAAAUUCCGGUUACUGGUGACAGCCGAGAUGGACCGUGCUGAAGAUUUCACUGCAGGCUUUGAUGAGACUGCAAUCCGCAUUCGGCCAGUGGUCAGCACAGAACCGGUUUUAGCAACCUAUGAACUUUAUGACAAAGUGGUCAUCUCCAAGUGUUUUGUACGUCACAAACCAAACAACAUACAGAUGUCGCUGGCAAAAUCAGACCCUGCUUAUUGGCCUCGUCUCUUGGAGACAACAGAAAAGUUUCCAAAUAUUCACAAAGACUUUGGAAGGUUUGAAAUGGACUUUGAUGAUGACGAUGAUGAUGACAACAAGGCUUUCGAAGAGGAAGAAGUCGUUCCUGAUGACGAUAACCCUUUCACACUGAAAGUGAAAGUACAAGUAUCAAACAUUCCUGAAAUUUCGCAGACCAUUCUACCAGAUUACGAGAAUUCCGAUUCGGAAAGCAGCCUGGACAUUGAUAGAAUCGACGAUUACGAUCGCUUCAACAUUUACGACGUAAAAUACUGACACAUUGCAAGCUGGGACUAAACCCAACUGCCUGUCAUUGAGUUUCAGCCGACACCCAUUGUGCCCUCCACUGUCCACCUGUGUCUGGUUCUUUACAACUUCUGUGAUAUUUCUUACCAUUUAACCAUUGCUCUUGAUGGAGCAACAAUAGACCAGUGUCUUGGUGAGCCACACCAUUAGACCGACUUAAUCACUGCUGUGAUUAACGAGAUAGGUUGUUAAUUAAACAUUUCAUAUUUAAACCGGCCGAAAUAUUCAGCCCUGUUUUAUCUUCAGACUGGCCGGAUCUGACCUCUCGCACAUUUCCGACAAUGUUAUUCUGCAAAUAAAGAGUCUUAUGUCACGGAAGUCUCAAAGCU